CUACCUGCGGAGGAAGGGUCUGGAGACACUCAAGGUAAAAGUGUGUGGAAAGAAGAACAUGUGGUUGGCUCUACGUCAUGUGACAGAGGAGACCAGAUCCGUCAAAACAGCUUAAAAGAUACUUUGCAGCUAAGAAAAGAUGAGGAUACAGUCUCUUGGAAUCUCUUGCAGAUUUGAGAGCAGCAACUCUUCACAGAGCGCCAUAAUAUUUACUUUUUAUUGAUGACGUUUUAUUGUAAACACGUGACAGUAUUAUUACGUCAUAAAUGCGAUGGCGUCGUUGUAGUAAGCAGCACAGUAAUGCUGCUCUUAAACUUUGAGAAAGAAGUCCAGGGAGCGUUACAGGCUCCUUCCUUCCUUUAUUUGGUCCUCAUUCUUCCUCUUUUGUCUUAAACAGAGCUCUUCGGUCACAUGACUACUUGUCCUACAUGUGGUUUGAGCAAUCUGAUUGGGACGUGGAUUUCUCUGCAUGAGCACACAUUUUUACCUUGAGUGUCUCCAGACCCUUCCUCCGCAGGUAGCGAAGGGGCGUGGCGAGACUAAAUGCGCUUAUGUUGUCUGCCAAUUUUUGUGUUAGCCAAUUUUUAAAACGAGUAUAUAUUGACUUUUGGGCUACAAGACAUUUCCAUGUGUAUAUUCUUUCAUUCUGUACAGAUAAUAGCUUUAUUGGCUUUAUCAUUGGUGGCUGGUUUUACUGCAACUAAUAGGGCUGAGUGCAAUCAGUGGAAUGGAAACAAAGUUUGCCAGAUAACUGCCAAGGCCAGUUAUCCCUAUACAAUAGUCGAUGUUACUACACCUUGUGAGGCUAAUGCAACAUCUGAAGCUCUUAGUGGCGACUAUAAGCAAGCAGCUGAGUUCUUUGUGGCCUGGGGCUCCCUGACUCUAUUCUAUGGGAUCAUUGCUAUACUAGUAUACAUGUUUGCUACUGCUAACAGCAAGUGGGAGUGGGUUAUCAACUACCUCAUUUUGGUGGAUCUGGUAUUUCAUGUUGUUUGGGUUCUCUGUUAGUUUAUCGCAUCAGUCGAAUGGGC